CUACUAUCUGGCAUCGCUGUUUCCUGCCUGCAGAUAACAGGACUUCCAAGUGGCGAAGCUAAGAAUCGUGCCUAUUCGCUGGUUUACGGGAAACCAAACGGUUCUCCUCAAGUUCCAUUCCAUCACCGUGUGCCAGGUUCGUGCUGUGAUGAUAUCGGACAGUUCAUUUCGUUGAAUUCAAGCGCUUAAAAAUGAAUUCAGUUUUCCGUCAAUGACAGCUCAUUGUUUUGAUGUGAGUUCUUCGUUCAGCUGCCACGGAAAACCAUGGAAUCACUGGUUCAAGAUUUAAACAUUCCACGGCGUCAAAUCCGUGAAACACGCUGCCCCCAUCGGUUCCAGCUGCUAGUACAUAAAUCAUGGCUGAAAACUGUUUCGCAAGCAGGAAGAAUUCCCAACGAAUUUCCCGUCUGUUCUAUGGAAGCACUGGAAUGGCCCCCGGUUGGGCCAAGCAGCGCUUGGUCACGGGUUUAUGUUGGGGUUCACAAAAAGCAACCGACCAGGGUGAUCCCAUUGCCACGCAACAAAUUUCUUACCAACCUCACGAGUGGUGAUACGAACGCGUUUGAAAAUGAAGACCCACUUCAUUAUUCCCAGCUGCUUCAGUAUGUCUCCCAAACCAACAACAAAAGCCUCUGGAAAGCCGCCUAUCGAAAGUAUGUAGGUUCGCGUCCCGAAUCGAGAAAAUCAUCGUCGGCAAUGCAAAAGUUUGACAGUAAUAUCAACAGUACAAAGAAACAACAACAACAACAGCAGCAGGAUAAUAUUAGCAACAUAUCAGCGGCGUUGCUUCCGCAUGAUUUGGUCCUACGGGAGGCACUCAUACGAACCUACGGUUGUCGCAUCGUACGUUUGGAUGCCGAAACCGGUGAUGAGUAUCAGCCCGCGCAAGGCCCAGUCAGUGUUACUCAGGGACAUGCCAAUCUCUAUCCGGCUCUGGUGGCCAUCGAGACCAACCUGAAUUUGUAUGUGAUUUUCGAUUCUUUCCUGGAAAACAGCCUGCUGGAUUGCGUCACCUACAGUCCGGCCAUCCUAGAGAAAUCGCACAACAAACUAUUGUUUUUGGUGUACCAAUUGUUGAAUUUGAUGAAGUCACUGCACGAUCGGGGAUUGAACAUGGGCAAUCUGAGUCUGGGUGAUUGUUUUCUCACCGAGAACCUGUGGCUGCAGGUAAUGCCGGAUCUCGAGGCCAAUCUGGUUGAACUGAAUGAUGAUACAAAACGACAGCUCGAUGAGCUCGGCUCUCAGCGGUUGGUGCUGAGCAGAGAGUCCAAAGUCCGGCUGAUGAAGGGACUGGACUUGAAGUACUCACUGAAAGAUUGGUGCGAAAUGUGGUGCCACGGGCAGUUGUCAAACUUUGACUACCUCACGAUACUGAACAACCUGGCCGGCAGGAGAAUCGGAUGCCCGGAACAUCAUCACAUCAUGCCAUGGGUUACGGAUUUUUCCACCAGGAACGGUCAGAUUUGGAGGGAUCUGAAAAAAUCCAAGUACCGUCUGAAUAAGGGUGAUGCGCAGUUGGAUUUGACGUUUCAACCAGCGCUCGGAACGGACGGAACGGUGCCCCACCACGUGUCGGACGUGCUUUCGGAGAUUACCUACUACGUGUACAUGGCCCGGAGGACUCCGAAAUCGGUUCUGUGCAAAUACAUUCGACCGAUUUGGGUGCCUGCGGAAUAUCCGAUCUCGAUACAGCGCCUUCAGGAGUGGACUCCGGAUGAGUGCAUCCCGGAGUUUUUCACUGAUCCGUUGGUUUUCAAAAGUAUUCACGAAGAUCUACCGGAUCUGGAGGUGCCUAUUUGGGCUACGUGUCCGGAAGAUUUUAUCGCCAAACAUCGGGAAGCGUUGGAAAGUCAGUAUGUUUCGGAGAAGCUGCACCACUGGAUUGAUCUUACGUUCGGGUACAAACUGACCGGUUCAUCGGCGAUUAAAUCGAAAAAUGUCUGCCUUUCGUUGGUGGACAAACAUCAGAAUCUCUGUCAGCGGGGUGUGGUGCAACUUUUUACCAAUCCUCAUCCGACCCGACAGUUCGUUACGAUCUGGAAUGGGAAAACACCGCCCCGAUUGAACACCCAUCAAGAAUCUCAUCAUCGGUUGACCCGAAGCUCGGAGGAUUUGUCCCACCAGGGCUCGGGCAGUGAGUCCGGGUUCUACCCGGAGUAUACUUCGUCGCCACAGAGUCGAUAUUCUUCGCAGAAUUUGAACAGUUUCAGCAGCGGUUAUAAAUCGGAAUCGAUGGAACGAUCCACCAGCUAUCACAUCAGUGUUCAACCGCGAGUUCCUUCGGUGGUGGUUCUUCCGAAAAACUAUAAUCCGAUAGCUCAACUGAAUGCAGUGGAAAAUUUGGGACUGUUUGUGGCGAAAACCUUUCACUCAUCCCCGGCCGUCCCGUCGAGAGAAUCGCUGGGCAAACACAAUUCCGUGGAUGAUGAUUUCGAACUGUGGAACGUCAGCACGGGCAGCAGUUACGAGCGGGAGCUAAGCUACGAAAGUAACUCCUUCACCAAUCGAUUGUUUUCCGAAGCGUACGAAGCUUCGCUGCUGAAAGAUAAGAAAAUGUUUCAGAAUCUUCGCUUUCAAAGUCUGCAGCAGCACGUCAACUCCAAACAGACCUUCAAACAGCUGGUGCUGGACGUCCGUACCGUGGAUCUUAAGGUUUUGGGAUGUUUGAUCGUGGAAUUGUUCUUCGCGGCCAAACUGAGACCCCACGGCAGCUGUCUGCCGCAGGAUUUCGAAAGUCGGUUGGAGGCCUGCGUGAAAUUGGUGAAAACUAGUUUAAAAUCUUUACCGGUUUGUAUUCAUUACGCAGUGAAACUUCUGCUGGGCAUUGAUCUCACCGAAUCGGAAAGGACAGUCACGGAAAAAGGUUUACCGCAACCUUCGGCCCAUCAAUUUCUUCAGCCGUUGCUUGCCAAUCUGUUGAUUCCUUUUCCUCUGCAGUAUCUGCGCGUUUACCAGGCCAUCAAAGCUCUGUCCCACUUCGAUGAGUGCACGCACCAGCUGGAUCUGUACACUUUCUUCGAGUGUGACGGCAAGAACUGCUCCCGAUUCGUCAAUCUCGACAAAAUCCGAAUCGACUUCCGGCGAAAGAUAGCCGAGUGCAAAGUGAACGCCUGCGUCGCUCUGACCGACGGUCUGUUGGAACCCCGUGGUCAAGAUCAGUACUCGAUGGUGGAAAUUUUGCUGCCUCACUUCGUCGAACUGAUCCAAUCGGAUGACACUUCAAUUCUAGCAGCCUGGAAUCUGUUUGACGCGAUCUCCACUGCCCUGGGUUUGAAAGGUACCCAACAGUAUCUGCUGCAGCCGAUUCUUCUGCUGUACGAAUCCGAUGAUGCCGAAAUCCGAAUUACCCAGCAGAUGCCGCAGUUUCCCAGUAAGGAUCAAGCUACCCUGAAAUUCACCCGAAACACCUCCUUCAAAUCCCGCAAAUCGGUGAAACUUUACCAUCACAGCUUUCUGCUGAAGUUGAUAGUUCGCUUCGGACUGCGAUGUUUCCUGGAGAACUUCAUCGCACCGCUGGUCGAAGCCGUGGGAGGUUACAAGGAUGCGGAUUUAAAUCAACCUUACCACUUCCACGAAAACCUAACGCCGGGUGACUUCAAACGAUCGCGAUCGUAUCGAAAUUUUAAGCUGAAAAGUGACAGCAGUGCAGAUGGAACGGGAAUCGGACAUGAUACGGAGUCGGCUUCGAUUUCUAACACGCUGGUUUCACCGGAUGCCUCGGAUAAGACCCUUUCGCCGACGACAGCCCAGAAUCUACCACUGGAUGAUGCAGGAUCGGUCGGUGAGGAAGACGUCGAAGAAAUGUUCACCUUCGAUGACGAACAACAACCGGCGGCGACGACGACGACGACGUCGGCAGCACGGAUAUCGAGGAAGAAAUACAUGACGGACCUUUCCGUGGGAGCGGAUGAAUUCAGUGAUAGCGAGGUGGAGACGGCCAUGAAAAAAAUCAUCGACGAUUUCGACAUGAAAGCGGAUGUCAGUAGUUUUGAUCUACCGCUGAAUCACUCGCAAGCGGAGGAAGCUAUUGAGGACACCUUGGAAGAGGAAUCCGGCGAGAAUAGCGUCCUCGAACAAGUCAAUCUUUCGGUGGUCAUGACGGAUCCGGAGGAUCCCCAAGAUCCCAAAUCUCCAACCAUUCCGAUUCCGUCGUCUUUCCGACGAAGCAUCGAACUCAACUCGAUCGGAUGUGAAAUCGGAAGCAAAAAGAGCAUCGACUCGUUGGAAUUCAUUUGUCGGACACCGCGGGAUGAGAAGACCGAUAAUGGCGAAAAACGGAAUGCCACGAAUUCCGCCCAGAAUUCCUCCAAGACAGCUGAACCCACGAAAACCAGAUCCACUCGUAUAUCGGAAAUGAGUUCGGAAAGUCUAAUCUGGCUAUCGCAUCGGCUGGGUCCCGUACUAACGGCGCGCUACCUAACCAGGAAUCUACUGAAGAUGCUUACUCUCUGCUACGUUGGAUCGGAAAAUUUGGUUCCCAGUGAAGUGCACUGCAGUAGUCAUCCCGCCGGAAAUCUGAAUUACUUCACCGUUGCCAAUGGAUGCGUCACAGGAGAUGAAGCUGCUCAACGGGUUCUUGAAUGUCUUACGUCAAUCUCUGCCCUGUUCGGUGAUCAGUUCAUUCUUCUGCAGUACUUCCCCCAUGCCAGUGAGUUGAUAGCUCUCUGUCGAAAGAAAAUGACUCCGACCCUGGAAGGUGGUCUGAUCAGUUCCCUGCAGCUCGUGAAAUGUCUAAUUCCUUAUCUGAACGACACAACCGUGAUGGAUCAGGUGCAGGACUUCCUACUUCGCUCGAUCAUUCAUCCGAUCAUUCGUCUACUGGAAUCCACCAAGUUCGUAAUGCCCAGUGGCUUCCUGGCUCGCUCCGUUCUGGCCCGUAAACUCAUCGACACUCUCUACGUUCUUUCGAUCCGCAUCGGACGCGAAAUGACCCGGGAACAUAUCUGCGUGCCGGCACUGCAGCGGUUUUUCCUUAUUUUCGACAAAGCCUACGGUCACAACGAGUACCUCCGGGAGCUGAAGGCACCGCAGGAAUCCAGUCCGUCCAGUUCGGGAACGGAUGAUUCGCACUACAUAGAAUUCCGUCGUGACGGAGGAGUACGCGAACUUUCCGUCCGUGGGCAGGACAUUCGUCAGGUUCACAUCAAAGGUCAAGAACCGUUGGAUAGCUACACUCCACCGAGUGCCCUUGAUCUUACUCUGCCCGCUUCCAGUGAGCCGAACGUUGUCCCCAUCCAAGGAUCCGUACGAUGCAAAGCCAUCGAAGAAAUACGUGACGUUUUCACGCCCAAUCUUGCCUACUGUUGCUUCGUCCCAUUCCUGAACUACCUCGGACAGUACGAAAUUUCACAGACGGUGAAAAACAUGUCCCUCAUUUUGAAUCUCUGCCACGAUCACGAACAACCCAACUAUCCGAUCACGAAUCACCUCAAACGUUCGGACUCCGAUCCGCGGGAUGAAGAAAGUCAACUGGACUCGCUGAAUUGCUCCAACAGCUUCGGAUCCAACAUAGUCGGCAAUCGGAUCGAGGUCCGUAACGACACCAACAAAAUCGAACUGGAACAGAAGGAACUGCUCGGAAUGGUGACCUACCGGUUGGAACAGGUCAACAGUUCGAGAAACCUCCGUGGAAAUUGGUUGGCUUACUGGGAACAUGAAAUCGGUCGCUCGGAAAAAGAUUAUCGGUUCAAUUUGAAACAAAUCAAACUGCAAACCUACAGUGGCCACAGCAAUUCCGUCAAGGCGAUAUUGGCUCUGGACAAUGAGAACAGUUUCAUAUCCGGAUCCAAGGACAAAACGGUCAAACUUUGGUCUUUGCGGAGCGAAGGCGACGGAAGUAAGAUUUCAUCCUGUCAAUUCACGUACACGAACCACCGCAAGUCGGUACAUUCGCUGGCGUUUUUGGAGUCCUUGAGACUCACAAUCUCCUGCGACUCGGGCGUUCAUCUUUGGGAUCCCUUCGUGGGUUCCCAAAUCAGUCAACUGGACGUACCGCGGUACACUCCGGUUUCGCUGGUGAGAACAUUCCCUUCGCCAAGCUGUCUGGUGCUGGCCGGAACCGCGGACAGCUGCGUCAAAACGAUCGAUGCCCGUACCUUCUGCUAUUGUCACGAGUGGCGCGUGUCCAAUGUACCGGUCGGUUCGGUACGAACCAUGGCCGUCGCUCCGAGCGGUACGUGGAUCGCCGUCGGACUCAGUUCGGGUCACAUUACGGUGCUGGAUAGCCGUACGGGAUUUAUUAUUUCCUCUUGGCGGGCAAACGAUAGCGAUCUGUUGCAACUGCUGGCACCGAACGAAAACCAGCUGGUCAGCACCAGCUUGGAUUAUUCCGUGAGUGUGUGGAAUCCAAAUACGGGCAAUCUACAAUACAAUAUGAAAAACCGUCCCGAGCCGGUUCACUGUCUGGCCAGCAACGGUCCGGAGUUGAUUAUCGGCACACCAACGAACCGGAUUGGCGUGUACGGUUCCGUCAGUGCCGACACAACCUGUUCAUUCACGAAACUUCGAUCGGAAACGUUCAAGGGAGUGUUGACCAGUUUCGCACUGCUACCACUCAAUCGGAUGCUGCUGGUCGGUGGGGACAAUGGCAAUAUCAGUUUACUUUGCUAGGUGGUGGGUGUGUGGUUUUUAGUAGCAUUUCACAACAACCUAAGAGCGAAUAUACGUUUGAGCACAUUCCUUACUCGAUUCAUUCGCCGAGAGCACCGGAAAGCUCUGUUCAAUGCAUUCCACUUUCCGGUGCACAAAAAUCCGUAUAUUAUACAGUCUAUAGUGAAAUCUCAGUAAGUAUUAUCGAAUAUUGUGAAUUUUCAUACCAAAUUAUUAGGUAUUUAAGAACCUUUGAUUAUUACAAAGAAAAACGAUA